CGGAAGCGCGGUAGGCAGACAUACACGAGGUUUCAGACGCUGGAGCUGGAGAAGGAGUUCCACUUCAACAAGUAUCUAACCAGGAGGAGAAGAAUUGAAAUAUCGCACCAACUCUGUCUCACUGAAAGACAGGUAAAAAUCUGGUUCCAGAACAGGCGAAUGAAGUGGAAGAAGGAAGCGAGAUAG